AGUCAGCGUCCUGUGACUCGUUUCCUUCCUCAACUGCUGUGAUGGCCCAGAAUUGGUGUGUCUUGAUGCAAUUCCAUACGCAUGUGCUAGUGUGUGCGUGUGUAUAAGUGCAUUCAAACAUGCGUACGUGUGUGCUUCUGUUACUGGUGAUCACAGUACAGAUUUGGUGUACUUUUGCCAUGUCUGGUCUGGGUGUAGGAACCGUGCCAUCGUCCGCGUUGACCGUGCAUGUCUCUGAUGUCAACGUGUUGCGAGGACAAGAAGCCGUCCUGGGAUGCUCCUUCACUCAUCACCGCUAUGCCGGGAACAUCGAGCUGAGCUGGAUCGGCAGAAUAAAAAUCGCACCGCCAUUUUUCCAAUGUCAAGUAAAGAACGACUCAUCGGCCUUGCCGGUCAACUGCUUUAGCACGGAGGAUUACGCGUUGGCCGGUGACCUCCGCCAGGGAAUGGCGUCGCUUCGCAUCAAACAUGACAAGGUGUCUGAGGGCAAGUACUUCUGCCAAGUGACGCUGGAUGGAAAAAAAACAGUGAGCAAAGCGCUAAUGCUGAAUGUACAAGGUAAAAGACUCAACUCUAUGAGUGGACUUCCUGUUUGGUCGUAUGGAGUGAGGCCCGCAAUCCUGAACGUGUCACUGAUCACCGGCAGCGCCCCCCAGAGGCUGGAGUGUUUGGCGGAGGGCAAGCCGAUACCCAACAUCACCUGGCUGUCGGCCUCCGGGAGCCCGUUAACGACAACAUUAGAGGUUCAGACCUUAUCGACGGGUUUGUUCCUGAACAGCUCCGUCCCGUACGAACAGCAGGACGAGCUCACCUGCCGGGUGGAGAGCGAGCUGGGGAGGGCCGAGCAGACGUACCGGCCGGCCAACACAAAGAGGGAUGUGGUCCUGGUAUGCGGUACAGUCGCCGCGGCGCUUCUGCUGUUGGCCACAGGGGGCGUCAUCGUCCACCGACUGAGGCUCAGAGCUCGAAAUCGCCACGCUCAGAUUCGACAAAACCUAGAGGACCGCGUCCCGCAUUCCUCCCAUGGUCCAGCUGGUGAUGCUGAUGCACUUCCGACUGUUGCUCUUCCUGAAGCCAGUGAAGGCGUGCCGUCCACCACACGUGCUCUCACACAUCAAGAACAAGAUCUGUUUUAUUCGACUGUGACCUUUCAUAAAUCAUCUUCAUCGUCUUCGUCAUCUUCCAAGUUCAUCAGCUAGCCUCUGUUCUGCCCAAGCGGCAAAGGGGUAGUCAAAAUAGAAAAUAUUAUUUUGAGCCAGUUGCUUUGGUCAUUCCAACGUGGGAGCACUGACGGGAAGUGGUGUGGUUAACAGAGUAAGAAUCUUGUGACCUUUGCAUGACUGCGUCUUCACCUGCUCAGUGCUCACACUUUCACUUCCCACCACACAAACACACACACAUUACUGUAAAAAAGUUUCUGCCUGAUUUUCAUCUUUCUAUGUAGCUUUUUUAGGCUUUUUGAAGUCAUUAUUUAGUUAUUUUUGUACUCUUUGGAGUCUAUUAGCAUUUUGCUUAUUUCUUUUUGCGGCCUUGUAGUACUUUUUUUUGUGAUGUUUUGUAUCGUUUUUUUUGUACUUUCUACUCAUUAUAGUCUUUGGUAGCCUUUUUCUAAGCAUUUAUUUAGAUUUUUGUAUUUGUUUAGGUUUUUGUAUAGCCUUGAGCCAUUUUUGUUGCCUUUUUAGUCUUUCUGUGUGUUUUUCUAAUGACAUUUGUCGUAUUGUUGUUUUUGUUGAUUGUGUUCAGGGUUGAACCUGUUACCGAGCUUUCUUGGAGUGCAAAGUUCAUACUACACUUGUCAAUAAAAACAAUAAAAGUGAGUUACAUGAAUUUGACGAACUACUGCACCAUUGUGUAACUAUGUCAUGAAACCGAUUACUACAUGAAUUAUAUGAUUAAAAAGUGAUUUGAAUAAA